CUAGUGUUCAUUUCCCAACUCUCUUGUCAUGACCAACAACACAUCGACCGCGACUUCGACCUCAGGGCUUACGUUCGACGCCGCCGUCGGCGCAAAACUUGCCAUAGACUUCGCGGCCGCUGGCGCGGCGUCCUUCUUCGUGGCGCCGUUUAUCACAACGGUGGACCGAGCCAUCAUAGAGAACGCCAGCGGGAAGCGCGGCCUCUCGACGGCAUUAAAGGAGAUCUCCCUCGACUUCGUUCGCAACCCCCUCUCGUUUGUUCGACGAAAGGAGUUCCUUCUUAUCUAUGGUCUCUACACGGCCACGUACUUGAGUGCCAAUGCCAUCGACACAGUCUGCGACGUGGUCGAAACGGACAAUAGGUUGCCCAAGUUCGUCGGUACCACCGCCGUCAACAUGGGACUGUGCAUUGCCAAAGACCGCGAGUUUGCCCGUAUGUUUGGUGUCAUCGCUCCGGCCAAGUUCCCCCUCACUUCCGUCGCGCUCUUCGCCGUCCGCGACUCCAUGACGGUCGGCGCGUCGUUCGUGGCGCCCCCUGUGAUUGCCACGUACUUUGAAUCCAACGGCUAUGCAAAUAACGCCACGUCCAAUUCGCUGGCGCAGGUGCUAUGUCCUGCCAUGGUCCAAUUCAUAUCGACGCCCCUCCAUCUCCUGAGCCUAGACCUGUACAAUCGUAAGGACGCGAGUCCCCAAAGUCGGGCGUCGUUUGUGUCCCGCGAGUACCUCAAAUCCACCGCCGCCCGCAUCGGUCGGAUUGCGCCGGCGUUUGGAUUUGGCGGCAUUGGCAAUCGAUAUGUGCGAGACAACUUGAGGGCAACGUGGUGCCUCGAUGACGUGGCAGUGUAGGAAUGCUACGAAUAACGUAUAUUCGAGUACAGGUCAUUGUAUUUUCACGUAUGCACGGUACAAAGUCCAUUGACGACGCCUAGAGAUUGCU